AGAGCUUGGAAACAUAAAUGGAGGCAGUAAGCAUAACAAACGCAUCGCUCGCUGUACUCAGUGUUUGGGUCAUCUCACGGGUCGUAAAGUUAAUUAAUGGACUGAAGGACGUGGGCUAUCUCCCUGGUUUGCGGGUACCUUUCCAACCGCUUUGUAUUCCCGGUGUAGUCUUUCCAUCCUCAAAGAGAUGGAAUCCAGGUCUGCUGUUUACUUGGGACUGGAGAAAGGAUCUUUAUAAGCCAUUUAACGGCGAAAUAUUCUCGGUUGUACCGUUCUUGCAUGGUGCUCCUACUAUCUAUACCAACAGCAUGGAAAUUGGGAGACAAGUGAUCUCGGCAGGGCACAAGACAGGUGUUUUUGGUAAAACAGACUCGAUGGGCGCUGCAUUUCUGUUCUGGGGCCCUAAUAUUGUUGCUGCAGAGAGAGACACGUGGAGAAAGCACAGACGUGUGAUGAGCCCCGCAUUCAACAACGAAACUUACGCUCUUGUGUGGUCAGAAUCCUUACGCACCUAUCAUGACAUGAUUUCAGCUGAAGGCUGGCAUACGAAGCAAACGAUUGAUCUUCCCUCUAUUCAACGUUACACUUUCAAAUAUACACUUCUUAUCAUUGCUUCAUGUGGCUUUGGUCUCCCAUUCUCAUGGUCUUCGCCACCUUCUGAUUCUGAGUCGGAAACGUCCAUGAAUAUACAGGAUGCUAUCGAAACGAUUACACAAACCAACUUAUUUGCUAUCACCGUCCCGAAGUGGACGUGGUCUUUGCCUAUACCAUGGAUUCAACGAACGCGCUUGGCAUAUGAUAGUAUGCGUACAUUCAUGCAAAAACAUGUAGCACUGCGUAGGGAAGAUGUACGUGAGAGGUUGGCAAAUGAAGAAACGGAUGGAUGGAGGAAGGAUGUCUUCAACUUACUCAUAAGAGCGAGCGAAGAAGGCGGGAAGAUCUCACUGGACGACCAUGAUCUGGUGAGUGUAUUCAUAGUGGAUAAUGAGGAUCGACUAAUAAUUGAUUUUGGACAGAUCGGCAAUGUGUUUGCUCUGAUGUUCGCUGGACACGAAACUACCGCCCAUACUCUCGCUGCAGCUUUAGGAUUCCUCUCGAUUGAUCAAACUGUACAAGAUGAAGUGGUGGCACAAAUUGUUGAGAUAGUAGGCGACAGGGACCCGACCUUUGAAGAUUAUCCAAAGCUCGACAAAGUUCUUGCUGCUUUUUAUGAAGGUGUAAGGAUGUUUCCCUCUGGAGUCUUUCUCAUCCGUGAAGCCAAAGAAGAUACCACGAUCACUUACCCAAAAACAGAUCCAAGUGGUCGUGAGGAGAACGUAGUCUUGCCCGUAGCCAAGGGCACCCACUUUAUAGUAGACAUGGUUGGCGUGCAAUAUAAUCCACGAUAUUUCUCGGAACCAGAGGUAUACCGCCCCUCACGGUGGUACAGAAAGACUGCAUCAGCAGAUCGGGAUGACAAAAAAACGGAUCUGCAGGAUUCUGAGGACUUUACAGCAUUUAGCGUUGGCCCACGCGCUUGUAUAGGACGCAAGUUCGCCGCAACAGAAGCUGUGUGUUUGCUCACACUACUUUUACGUGAUUGGCGCGUCGAGCCGUUGUUGGAGAAAGGAGAGACAGCUGAGGAAUGGCGCCAACGUGUGAUGCAAGCCACUCUACUUUUGACGAUGGGGGUCAAAGAUGUACCAGUGAGGUUUGUCAAAAGAUAGGUUCGAGGCGUCCAAUUUACAUGGUAUUCGGAGGAGAGUGAGACACAAGGUCGAACCUAUUUAAUGCACAGUCGACGAUAUAUAAUGGUAUUACCGUCUAGUUGUUUCGAGCAUCAUUUCUCGUUGUUAUCUGCUGGUCAGACACAUAUUAUCCACGAGAUUUGGACCGGUAUUGUCUUGAGGCUGUAACCCAACAGUUCUUAAUCUGUACACUAUGCCUGCAAUCACUAUGGAAUUUUCUAUGUGUUA